UCCGGGAGGCUGGAUUGCCACUCAAACCUCGACUCGCUGGGACGCAGGAAAGAUGCCCGCAUCGCAAACUGGAUUUGGCAGCUACUUCUUGGAGAGGAACAUCAGCAUGCCGACUGGAUAUCAGAUCCCGGUGCUGGGAUGCCCGCCGGCUGUGCAGCAGCAGCAGCAGCAGCAGCAGGCUCAGCAGCUGGCAGCGAUGGCGGCUGGGGUUCCCAUCACAUACUCAGGACUACAAGGAUACAACUUUAUCCCAUACACGCACCACAGGCCCAUCACACACAUGAGCACCGGUUUCGACUUGAAGGCCGCCUCCCCCUACCAUCACGCGCUCCUGGCUCGUGGAGGAGCUUUCUACCCGCCAUACCGUCCGGGAGCAGCCGAGGACCCCGGCAGGGUCGCCAAGGUGGCCACACGAGAGAGCACCGGGGCGCUGAAGGCCUGGCUGAACGAGCACCUGAAGAACCCGUAUCCGACCAAGGGCGAGAAAAUCAUGCUCGCCAUCAUCACCAAAAUGAGCCUCACGCAGGUCUCCACCUGGUUCGCCAACGCGAGGCGACGCCUGAAGAAGGAGAACAGGGUGAGCUGGGCGUGUAAGGGGAAAUCGGACGAGGAGGACGAGGAGCAGGAGGGAGAGAGCGACGACGACGACGUCCCUCUGCAGAAAUGUCACCUGGACGAGCCUCAGACUGAGCGCGCCGACGAGCAGGUGGAGAGCGCGUUGGACGGCGCGGCACCUGUGGACGCGCGUUUGGAGAUGCAGCCGAGCAGCGAGCGCGAAGACAGGGAACUUUCACUUGUCAAGAAAGCUGAGAAGAGUGACUCUGACGACGCGCCGUCCGCUUUGGAAAGUAAAGAAAACAUAAGCAGCCAGAAACCCAAAAUCUGGUCUUUGGCUGAGACCGCGACCUCGGAGACUGUGAAGAAACCUCUGGACAGUUUUUACCACCCGGCCGGGAGACUGUGGGCCGAGUGGGCCUCCAGAAACGGACUGUUUGUUCCCUCGUGUUACACCACGCAGCAUGAAAUCGUCUAACGUGUCCUUUUGGACACAAAUGAAAAGACACUGUCCACAUCGUCUUGCACUUUAAAACCUUCAGACCUCAGGGAUCCCCUCCUGAAGUUUGCAGUGAAAUGAAUUUCUGUUCUGAGACCAAAGACUUACCGUGUUACUGUAAAUAAAUGUAGCUGUAUUUUUCCACCACAGACCUGUAAAUUAUGUCUCCUUUGUCUAAUCAUGAAGAAAUAUUUUUGCUUAAAUAAACUUCAGCUUCUAGCGAAA